GUUAGGAGGCUUAGGGUUUCACCAAAAAAGAAAAGGGGAUUAGGGUUCUUCUGUGCAUCCAUGGGAAAGCCCUCUGUCUCUUCCGCUUCACGAUACAAAUCAGUAUACAUAACUUCUCCAUUGCGAAAUAGAGCAGGGAACCCGACUCUUGUGUGUUGAUUCUGCGUAGCGAAGCGCCACGAUGAAGCGGCUCUGCGAGACGAAUGCUAGUAGGAUGGGCGGUCUUCCCGCUGAGGUGAUUGGGCGCCUUCUGACGUUCCUGCCCGUAAAAGAGGCAGCGAGAACCAGUCUCUUGUCAAGGGAAUGGAGGCAUCGCUGGAGAAGCAUUCCUCAGCUUGUGUUCGAUGGCAGUUUUGCUCCGGCCCCUGAAAAAGGUGAUUGUUCACCGGAUGAUGGCAAGUUUCUGAUGCACAUUUACGAAGCUCUGCUGCUCCAUGAGGGGCCAAUAACCAAGUUUGAGCUCGCUAUUCCUGGACUUGGGCGCUGCCCCCCUAAACUUGACCUCUUGAUGCUUUACCUUUCCAGCAAAGGUGUCCAGGAGCUUACCCUUCUCUUUUCUGGGACUGGUCGUUGCGGGCAAUUGCAUUCCGCCCUUUUCUCCGCCAUUCAUCUCAAGCGCCUAACACUGCAGCGUUGUAGAUUCACUCCGCCAUCUGGGUUCGAGGGAUUUCCUAAGCUUACCCAUCUCCAAUUGGCGAAUUUAUGGUUGCCCCUCGAUUUCUUUGAGCAUGUCCUUCCCAAGUUCCCGCUGCUUGAAGAAUUGAGGGUUUUACCACGUUGUUACGGUUAUAAAGAGCUUGCAUUUGUAGCGCCUUCCCUAAAAGUGCUUUUAUUUCACUCGACUCUUUGGAAAUUAUGCUUCAAGCAUACCCCAGUUCUUUCAGUGGUAUCAGUUUUAGACCCUGGCGUGUGUAGCUAUGCGGAAGACAACUUUGCGGACGAUGUUCCAGAUAUGGUCCGCUUAUUUGAAUCUCUCCCUGCACUUCAGCACCUCAAUCUUGGAGUUGAAUUACUGCUGUCCCUUGCUGCUGCUCCACAUCUCCCCUGCCAGCUUCCCACAUCUCUCCGUAACUUGAAAUUCCUCGAAAUACCCCGCCUUCUGUUGGAUAGGUUGCCACAGGCACAGGUUCUUGUUUGUCUAAUCAUGAGCUCACCCAACCUGGAAACACUCACCAUUCGGAUUGAUGAUGACAGUUAUCAUCCCCCUUCAGAGGUCAUUGCUAACCUAGUGGAGUUGUUGGAAGCUGAGGACCACCCUGGAGUGUGCCGUCUUCAACAUCUUAAGGAGUUGAACAUUAGGGAUAGUCGUGGUACACAAGUUGAGCUAGACCUGGUGAGGUUCGUACUUGCCACUGCCCCGCUACUUCAUAGUUAUAUCUGUUCUGCCUUUAAAGGAGUUAUCCUCCAAAAAAGUUGUGAGGUUCUUGAAAGAGGUGACCUUAUAUAAGCGUAUUUCUAAAGAAGCCGAGCUCAAAUACCUCUGGGAUGAUGAGGUCGACAAUUCGUAGCUUUACGCCUUCACCUCUCUCGCCCUUUUGGAUUGUUAUACAUGUUUUAAUUAUGCGAGGGUGCUUGAGCUGAUUUAGUUGAAGUGAUUUAGCUUUGAAUGUAUUGUUGAUAGUUCUGACUCGUGACUCGUUGCUAUUCUACUAGUCUAGCCUUACCUCUUUGUGUUUAGUUCCUUCCAUGAGCAUUGUUCCUUAACAAACAAGAAAUCGACAUACUGAGCACAGGAUUGGAAAGUCCAUUUCAAAGGAAGUCUUUUGAUUACUAGGGGGAUUAGGGAUCCAACUCUGCCAAUGAUUUUGCUUGGCGAUUGGAAAACCAUUAUCUAGUUGAGGGUGCGGAGGUGUCUGUAAAGGAUGUUACUCUUUUCGUUGCUGCAAUUUUGUGGAUUCUGCUUUGAUGGAUUGAUGAGAUAAUGUAGUGCUCUUGUUGCUGAGAUGCAUAGUAUAAAAAAUAGGAUAAUAU